AUGCUCCACCGGCAAAAGGGGCACGCUAGGGGCGUCCCCCGAUUGUUUGAACGAGCCGGUGCCCUUGGAGUCCAGAAAACUGUGGUAGUGGCGCAUGUAUGCCGCGCCCAGGAUCAGUCCGAAGGGAAGGUCGGCGACGACCCGUACACGGGCACGGAAGACACGGUCCACAGGAGGAAAAUCAGCGGCAAGAUAGCCGUCCCGACGAUCGACAUCGGUGGCACUGCGUCCUUGGCGGGGUUGGCUGCGUGUAGGAACCCUCGCCCCGUCUUGGAGAUGGUGCGUUUGCCGCCGAACACGUGGCGUUGCACGGCGUUGAUGAGCUUGACCNAACAGCAGGUUGGCCGUUCCAAGUUUCGUGCGCGAGUGAUGAAAUGAUGUUGCUUGCGUUGACGCUGGAUGAGAUGGCAUGCGGUAUAGGCGUGUCAUUUGUCGCAGAUUGGGCAGACGCGUCCGUUUGCGUGGCGGUAACGCCGGGUAGGCGUUUCCACGUCUUGAGUAAACAGAGGGAACAUCGCCAGGCGUGUCAAUGUCUUGUGUAGACAGAAACGGGGCAACGCCAGGUAGGCGUCUCCAUGUCUCGUGUAGACAGAAAAGGGACAUAAACGCGUUUUGGGCGUCGGUAUAGAUACGCAGAUCCAGACGGUAUAGGCGUUCCAAGUCAUGUCUGAGAUGUCGGGCGUACUGUUUGGGACGCCAGAUUGGGACAUUUAGUUGUUCGGGCGUCGGUUUUGAGGCGUCAGAUCGGACAUUUUUUGUUCGGGCACACGUUGGGGUGCCGGGCACACAGUUGGGGUGCGAUUUCAAGUGAAUUAUCUUGGAAAAAAAACCGCAGAGCCACUCGAGUGGGGGAGGGUAUGCGGUUCUUGGUAUGAGUCCUGAUUUCGUCACCACGUCAGGAUGUUGUUUCAUACUGUUGUCUGGAGAAAGCUGCAGGAUUGUGUGAUGGCGUCCUGGUCAUUCACAUCUUGUUUUGUUGUUGUUUGCAUGGUUUGUUGCUUAAAAGCGGAAAUAAGGAAUGUGGAUGUAGCUCGCACGUCAGUUAUAUCCCGGAAGGCAUUCAGUACAGAGUAAUGAGGUGGGACUCGUGGGUGUUGUUGGACUCUUCUUGUCGAAGAAAAUUUGGUCGUUAUUCUACGUUCGGAGGCAAGCGGGUCCUGUGUGUUGUUGUGCAAGAGAGGGCAUAGAGCAUGGAUGCUCGGCGUUUGUUCCAAGUGCAGACAGCAGUGGACACAGGUGCUUGUUUGUGGCUGGUUUGACCAGGUUUAUUUGCUGUACGACGUCACCAGGAAGAGGUGGGGACGUGGUCGAUUUGUUUUGUGCUGUGAGGGACGGACCUUGUCAAGUCAGCCGCGCGUGGAGCAUAGAGCGAGUCUGGGGUCGGUGGUAUGAUAUUGUCUUGUCUUGACCGUGCAGUACAGCCGUUGGAACCGUUCGUGACAUGAACGGCGUGCCGUUGGAAUCUUCCGUGAUAUGAACGGCGUGAGGGCGUUGAGAUCCGAGGGGUUUUGAUCCGAUGGCGGGUUUCCCCUUGUUUUUGGUUUGCGUUGUUUUAGGUGUCAUUCUGGAUGAAUGUUUGACGCACGAGGUGGUUCUUCACUGGCAUAAGGAACCGGGGAGGGUGUUCGUGCGUGGAAGUAGAUUGGCCGGAUUGCACCGAUGCUGGCGGUUUCGUAUACCGCAGAUGGGAAUUGUCUUGAGGGGCGGCUAUGAGAGACCUUGAGAUACGAGUUG